GCGCAUGAGGCAGCACGGAAUCCCAGGCCACGGGGCCCACCACAUGGUCGACCUCGGGGUCGACGUCGUCACGGGCAACAGGAGGUCCCAGCGCAGGGCCCAUACCAGGCACAGGCGCGCGGCCCUCCGUGCCAAGCGGGCGCUCAGCGGCAUCGAGGAGUGCCCCGCCCUCUGGCUCAGGGGCGUCAACCCUGCCAGCCACACCACUCCGCCGGCGCCGACCUGCGACGACGAGCUCCUCGUCCACGUUGGGGCCCCAUGGCCCACAGGCGGCAGCCAGCCCAUCACGAUAUUCGGCGACGCCUCGGGGGGAAAGCACGGCACGGACGAGCGAAGGCGUCGUGUUGGCGUCGGACUCGCGGUCAUCGAGGUUUGCGGCCCGCGAUGGCGGUUGGCAGCCGGCGCGAUCGCGACUCUCCCUGGGCGGCGGCAGACGGUCCCGCGCGGGGAGAUUUUCGCCUUCGUCCUCGCCCUCGAGCAGCUGGACGCCGACAUCCACUACGUCACCGACAACAUGCCGCUCCUCAACGGGUGGAACGCCCAGCGCUGGUUCAACCUCGACAAGGGCGCCAACAGCGACCUCUGGGCCCGCAUCGGCAGGUCGCUCCAGGCCCACCCGAACCGCCAGGUGGGCGUCACCUGGACGCCGUCCCACCAGGAGGAUGAAGGGGAACCGAUGGUCUCCCAUUUCCUCGCAGCGGGCAACUGCUGCGCCGACAGGCUCGCCAACCUCGGUGCCGGGGCGGCUGCAGCCUCAGCCAACCGCAGCACGCCUCACGCGGACCGCUGGGACGUCAUCGCCUCGCAGGUCAGGCGGCGGGCCCGCCAAGCCCUGCUCGACGCGGCGGGCGGCGACCCAUGGCUAUCGGAGAGGCCCGCGGCGGAGCAGGUGGCCCGCCCCUCUGCCCUCCAACGGGCCAUCGACGACUCGCCGCACCAGCUCGUCACCGUGGGCCAGGGCAAGUGGAAGCGCCUGCUUUGCAGGCAGCUCUUCCCCGCGGCUACGCUUCAUGAGGCGGCUGCUUCCGCCUGCACCGCCACGGAAGCGGACUGGGCCUCGUUCGACCACGUCCGCAAAGUCUCUGCCGGCAUGCAGAUCGCCAUGGGGGCGGGCGUGGUUCACGCCUCCCACCGCCUCUACGAGUGGCCAGCCAACAGCCUGUACUUCUGCGGCGUCUGCGGGACUCACGGCACCACGAUGGGCAUGGGGCUGCGAGGCGAGUGCAAGGGCGAGACCACCCGCAAGACGGACGAGGCCCUCAGGAGGAUCGCCAAGGGCGUCUACCCGUCGCACCAGGGGCCGCCCAAGCCCGUCAUCGAGGCCAAGGCGAUUUCCGCCACGAUCGCCCACGUGGUCGGCGGCGGACUGGCCCCCGCGGACCCCGCGAUCCCCGAGGACCUCCCCGAGGCCGGCGCCAAGGAGCACCUGCUCGAGGCGGUCAUCGGCAUCCUCCAUGGCCAGGCGCUCCAGGCGGCCCAGCGCCCCUCCCGCAAGCAGGCUCGGGAGCCAGACGGGCCCCAGCCGACUGCUCGGCGGAGGCGGCGCGCGUCCUCGGACCCCGGGGCGGGGCAAGGGGAGAACGCCACCGCGGCGGCCACGGUGGCCACCCCGCGCGCCCCCAGCGGGCGGUCCGGGCGGGCCCGGCAGGCCCAGGAGCUCCCGGCGGCGGCACCAGCGCCAUUGGUGGGCCAGAGGCGCCGCCGCAGCCAGAUUGAGGUUACCGUGCAGGCGACAG